AGCGCCUUAGACCGCUCGGCCAUCCUGACAUGAAAACGUAUGAUUUCAACGAAUCAUCUUAUACAUCUGAUUUACGUUGAACAGCUGAUUUCCGCUGGUUGUCUCUGACGCACCUCGCACUUCUACCGUUACAUAACAGAGCAGCAGCUGUUUUCUUUUUACUGUGGAGACGGGUUCGGUCAUUCAUUCACCUCGGCGAGUUAGCUUGAUGCUAGCUUGUUAGCCGCAGCUUUGGGAAGUAGCCGAACAUCGUUUCACCACAGAGAAGAAGCAAUCCUACAGUCAUGGCCUCCAAUGCUCCAAGCAACUUCUCCUGGGUCGAGCCAGGCAAAGUGGCCGGACUGGCGUUGCCCAGGAUGACGGCUGAAUACCAGUAUCUGCUGGACAACGGCAUCAAACACCUGGUUUGCCUGUGCGAGAGGAAACCGCCCCAGUAUGACUCGUGUCCACAGCUGCAGCUGCACCACAUCAACAUCACAGACUUCACUCCUCCUUCGCCGAGUCAGAUCGACAGAUUCCUCGCUCUCGUGGAAGAGGCCAACUCCAAGGGGGAGGGUGUUGCAGUUCACUGCAUGCACGGCCACGGUAGAACCGGGACGAUGCUGGCCUGCUACCUGGUGAAGACGAGGAAGAUUUCAGGCAUCGACGCCAUCGAGGAGAUCCGGCGGCUGCGGACCGGCUCCAUCGAAACACACGAGCAAGAGAAAGCAGUGGUGCAGUUUUAUCAGCGCACCAAGUAACUGUGACACAGAGGAUUUAAUAACUGUUUUACAGAUGCAGCACUGAUUAUCACAGACAACAUUAUUUCCCUAAAUUUAUACUUUAUUCUCUACAAGUAAGAAAAUACAAAAUAAUAAUGUUGAGACAGGCGAAAAAUCAAGAAACAAAGUCCUGAACAAUAAUGAACUCAAAUGUUAAUUACUCACAUGAUCCCGUUGGGAUAUUUAACUAAGAGAAACACCUCUACAGUUAAUGAACACAGAACAUGCCUUUUUAUAUUGUACUGUAUACCCUUCCUUCUACCAGCACAUUCUUACUUUUCUUUAUAUAAACAUUCUGACAUUUUCUUUUACACGGCUGAAACUUCUUUCAUGCACUGGACGCCAGAGAAAAGAGACGCUGCCGCUCCCUGAAUGUGAGCGUCUCAUGAGCCGCCAGGCUUUUCUCCUCCUGGUUUCUGCAAAUAAACAAUCAUAAUGAAUACUUGAAUUGUAUAUCUUGUUGGGGGGGAUAUUUUAUAGCGACACAAUCAGGAGCUUGUUUUUAUUUAUUUAUUCUUUCGCUUGAAAGAAAUUCACGAAGCAAACUGGAAUAAGCUUGACGAAUAGAGACUAAUGUAAUAAUCUUGAUGUGCUUAUUGAUUUCUAUGUCUUAAAUUCAUCAUUUGUACAAAUGCUGCAUAAAUAUCUUCAUGUCGGUUGAUUUCAUUUCAAUGUUUCUCCUCAAUUGUAAAAAAUAAAAAGUCAACUCAC